GUAAACACAGAAAAAAACAGUACGGAUCGCAUUUCAUUUAAUACAUACAAACAAACAUUAAAUACAUAUAGUCUCAUGUAACGAAAACUGCACAUGUCGUGUUAUCACAUAACAAGAGCUGCAUUUGACUGGAUAAGUUGAUACCAAGAAGAUAAAUACAAUAGGUCGAAAAUGAGUACACCUUUUCCUAUCAUAGAUUUGAGCAAAAUAGGCCUACAAAAGAAGUGCAGUGAGAUAGACAGACAGGCCCUUGAAACUGUAGCAGACCAACUUAAAAAUAGUUUAUGUAAGUUUGGAGCGUGUUAUUGCACAAACCAUGGCAUUGAAUAUGAAGAUAAAUACGUUAAAAGAUUUGAAAAAUUCUACAAACAGCCACUUGAUGUGAAGACACAACAUCUUCGCGGAACGCGACGUGAUUUUGGUUAUUCACCAAUAGGGCAGGAAAAAAUAAACCUUGAGAGACCUGGAGACCUCAAAGAGUGUUUCAAUUACCAGCCGGCAGACGAUCCGAAUGAUUGGAAAAACAACGACUUUCCGUCUGCGUGUAGAGAAAUGUUUAAUGACUGUGAGAUACUCGGAUACCGUAUGCUUGAUGCACUUUCCAUAGCACUUGGUCAAAACCAAACAUUUCUAAGAGAAGGGCACAGGAAAAUUGGUACACGUGAGAACCCUACAACGUUUAGAACGCUAUACUACCCUCCAGUCACGACAACAAAUUUAGAACCUAGCCGAAUUCGUUUUGGUGAGCAUUCAGAUUACGGAACAAUAUCAUUUGUGUUUCAAGAUGACGUCGGCGGACUGGAGAUCAAUGUCAAAGAUCAAGGCUUUGUACAGGCAAUACCAAUUCCGGGGACCCUUCUCUUAAUUGCGGCUGAUUUACUACAGCGUUGGACUGAAGACAAAGUCCCGGCUGUGGUACAUAGGGUGCUGAUUCCGGAAGACGAACACAUGAAAACAAAACCUCGGCAAUCGGCUGUGUUCUUUAUAUUACCAGAUCAUGAUUUCGUUGUGAGUCCUAUGUAUGGAUCAACUAAGUAUAAACCAAUCACGUGCUUGGAAUAUUUACAACCGAAAAUGGAGGCCCUUGCAGACGUUAAAUACUAGGAAUGCUAAUUAUUGCUCAACUGUAUUUGUAUUGAAAGAAAUAGUUACCAAAUUUGAGAGCGC